CCCAGCACCCACCAGCGGCUUCCAAGGAUCCCGAAAGCGCCGCAGCUCCCGCACGGAGGAGGACCAGAUGGACGAGUGCGCGGCUGCCAUGGUGUUGAUGAAGCUAUCCUGCUCCCCCUCGCUCUCCCGUCCUGCCCGAUGGUGUGAUGGGCGACUCAAUGUCCCCGGGGUCUUCGGUGUCCUCUGGGGUAUGGACCUGGGCAGACGGCUCCUUCUCGUCCUCCUCGUCUUCAUCGUCCUCACGUUCCCCCGCCCACCGCUCCGCCACACCCUCGCCGCCACUCUCAGAAUCCAGCCCGGCCACCCUUGAUGACGGCCUGGAGCUGGAUGAGUCACUCUUCGACGACGCCGUCCCCAGGAAACGGCGGAAGCGAAUGACGUGCACCCGCGUAGCCGUAGCAGCAGUGGCUUCUGAACGGGUCUUCCCUCACGUGACAGGCCUAACACCUCCUCCUUCUCCCGUCGCCGCCUCCUACGCCCCAUCCCCGCCCACCACCCCAGACGAACACUGCCUGCACAGCUCCACCCGGACGAUGUUCAAGUGCACCUGGACGGGCUGCCACGAGAUGACGGCCGCCUGUGAUGCUAUCGAAAGGCAUAUUCGUUCCACACACCUCGGGCGCGAGGAAGUCACCAGCGACCACAGUGAUAGUGACAGCGAUGACGAAGACGAUCACGAGGAGGAGUUUUACUGGACAGAGGUUGAGGUCAACGUCACCACCUGGGUUGAUCCCUGUGAACCCUUGGUGACCCCGACAGCUCCGCCGGCCACGCCUCCCGCACACCCCGUCCUUGGCGCCCCACAGAAAGUGCUCACCAUCCCUCCCACCACUGUCAUCCCGCAGCCGCUGGGGACGACCUGCCCCUCAGUGCUCCCGCAACCUACAUCGCCCCAGUAUAUCCAUGUGUCAUCUCCCCCCACCUUGAGCCAUAUGGACAUGGCUCGCCCUCCACAUGAAGAUCCACGGUACAAACACACAGCAAGCAGCCCAGCUGCCAGCCUCUCCAGCUCAUGGCCCCGUACUUCUGCCUACCUGAGUUCAGGUCGGGCCAAGGUCAGAGUAAGCUCUUCCCCCAAAGCCUCACCUGGACGGGGAAAGCGAAAUGGAGAGAGUCGAAAGUGCCGCAAGGUGUAUGGCAUGGAGCAGCGGGAUCUGUGGUGCACACAGUGCAAGUGGAAAAAGGCUUGCAGUCGUUUUGGAGAGUAAGGUACCUGUGGCAGCCACUGACUCAGUGGUUCAUUCUUAAAGUAUCAUGUUAACAUUCUGGCACAUUCUGUCCUUUGCAUUAGUCUGUGAAGAACUCUGGUGCCGAAGCUUGAGGACAACGAUUGUCCACUAGAAGGAUCACUGUUCAGAUGCUGUUGUUACAUGAUGAAAAGAGUACAGUAGCCUUCCUUUGUAGAAAGGAAAGCUGAUGGACACUGAAAGGUAGGCUUCUUGAAAGUCUUUUAUCACUGCCACUUUGAGGUUUGGAUCACCAAAUGAUAAACAGAGAAUAUAUUUAUUUACAUUCAUAAUGUAUCUAGAUAUGAUAAGAUUAUGAUGAAUUGGUCAUCACAAUGUAAAUUAUUUACAAAAGACAAUGUAACAUUACAAAAAUCAUAGCAAUUGAGGGAAAUUUGGUUGUUGCAUGAUUAUCAUACUAAAGAGUAUUUGAUAACAGGCUAGAUAAAGGCUUCCACAUGUGCAUCACUAAUGUUAAGAGAUAGAUGUCCGUCAGUGAUGACCAUGAUGCAUGACAGUAAGACUUGAAUAGACUCUUACAUGUAAUUUGUGUACUGUUAAGGCAACAAAUCUUUAGAAUGUAUUGCAGAGUUUACUAAAUUUUUGGCGAGAGAAACUAAGACAUAAGGCAAAAAUUAAAAUUUCAUUAGGUUAAAAUAAGGUGGAGUAUAGUCUCUCACACUAUACAUUAAUUUAACAUUAGAGAAUAUCAUGAUGUAAAGUGUUUGAUGAGCAUAGAAUCUAAGCACUUGAAAUGUACAAAAAACUGUAAUACUAUUUUGAUGCCCAUUGUGGAAUUUGACUCACUGAGAGAAUAUAGGAGAGUUUUCUCUUAUUUUUAAUUUAACAAACCAGAUACAUUACAUAUUCUAUUGAAAUUUUGGUAGAUUUAGAAGUACUUAGCCAUGUUCACCAUAGUGCAAAUUGAUGUAUCAAGACCAGAGAUAUAUAUAUAUAUAUAUAUAUAUAUAUAUAUAUAUAUAUAUAUAUAUAUAUAUAUAUAUAUAUAUAUAUAUAUAUAUAUAUAUAUAUAUAUAUAUAUAUAUAUAUAUAUAUAUAUAUAUAUAUAUGCUGUGAACAUUGUGUGAUAAUAUUCACAUACUACAUUACAUUUCUCAAAGUUUUAUUACUUUGCAUUGCAUUUAAUUUUCUUAUGUACUUCCAAACUGGUGAUAAGGAAUAGCACCACUGUCAUAACCCCUUGAGUGUGUACUUACUCAGUGUCCCAUUUAAAAGUUUACUAGUAAAUGGGCAGUCAAGUCAUUAUGGUAGCACUCUUAUGAGUUUUGUUAAUGCACUCAAAUAUCCCAUGUCUUGUCAAAAAUUUACAUAUGUGUAAAUGGCAGCAAGGUGGAUAGACAUUUUGUUUUAACUUGUACCGUCACAUGUCAUUUUGUGAAUCUGCCUCCAUUGCAGGUCAGUUAGCCUCAUUUCUCCUUUUUCCUCCUUGCAAAAGUACUCUUCAUUAGUUGUUGGAAGAGGAAGCUGGCAAGCCACAGCCGCAUAGUGUAACCCUAUCAUAGACAUGCUACAGAAUGAGGCAGUGUAAUUUGUCCACAUCAGGCACCAUCAUGAUUGAGUUAUCACUAAGGAAGGGGCAUCUCCUGACCCAGUCACCUUGGAGUAGUCUCUCUCUCUCUCUCUCUCUCUCUCUCUCUCUCUCUCUCUCUCUCUCUCUCUCUCUCUCUCUCUCUCUCUCUCUCUCUCUCCUUCCCAUGAUCAAAAACUGCUCCCAACUUAGCAUCCUAUCAACUCUGUGUAUGUAUGUAUGUCUGGGGACAUUGUUGCUGGACACGGUCUUCUGACAGUUUUCCUCGCAUUUUGGCAGUGGAUGAGAAUGAGUGAUCAGUGAGGAACUGGGUGAGGCAUUUUUGUGAUGGAGGUAUGGACACAUAAUGUCACAAGUCUCACCCUGGAGAGGUCAGAAAUACUUCAAAUCAUGUCAUCAUUAAAAUCAAAUCCUUGUUUUGUCUGCAAAGCUGAAAUUACCAACAAUUUUUUGCAACAUUGACUGUGUCAUAUUCUGUCACCCUCCUAGGCUGCUUCACCUAUUUCUUCACUGAUCAUUAGCACCCAAUCCUUGAACAAUCACAUUUUAUAUGAACCAGUAACCUCUUUACAAUAAUCGGGAGAGAGAGAGAGAGAGAAAAAAAAAAGAGGCAAGUAGAUGGAACAUUGUAAGGAAGGUGUGGAGAGAGAGAGAGAGAGAGAGAGAGAGAGAGAGAGAGAGAGAGAGAGAGAGAGAGAGAGAGAGAGAGAGAGAGAGAGAGAGAGAGAGAGAGAGAGAGAGAGAGAGAGAGAGAGAGAGAGAGACUACAGUUCUCAAAAAGUGAAUGGGUCUGGAGGGAUCCCUCUCCCUUAAUGAUAACUCAUAACAGUCUGUACCAUAAGUAAAGGUACAAGAGGAGGAAGGUGGGUCUUAUAGACAAAGUCAUCCAAUGACAGCCCUCAUUAAAAUUUAGUGAGAUGUGUAACCUACUUUAGGAUGCAGGUGAAAAAUUUAUCAUAUAGGUGAUCAGCAAGUGAAAUAUUUCUCAUAGAAUUAAAUCAGCAAGGAUUUUUUUUUUUUUUUUUUUUUGCAAGACAUGGAUUACUAAUGGUUUGACAGUAACAUGUCCUGAAGAAAAUACAGUACACAACUGCUGUCUGGAUCUGCUUUCAUUAUAUCAGAGACAGGUUUGCAAGCAAAUGAACAUUUCAUAGUUCUCUGUAGCUAUCACAGUUGUGAAAAUAUGCUCUAAUUUGAAUUUAACUUUUUUUUCUUCAUCUUCAUUGGUCAGCAACCUUUACUUCCACCUCCUUUUGCUUAGUAAAGUUAUCAAAAUCCAGCAUAUGUGGUCAUCAAUUUCUCACUCAUGAUAAUGGUUGUGGUAUCCUCCUACUUGUCAGCAGGCUGAUGGCUCUGUUUUCAUCAUAGAGGUUGUAUUAUAUACUGUAAUCUUUCAGCAACUGAUCAGUGUGCCAAUAAUUUUAUGUAAUUUUGUUCUGCAUUCAAUAUAUAUUCCUGUUGAGUUCGAUAGGGAGUACCAGGAACGCAGGGGACAGAAGAUGAUUACUCUGAAAAUGGGAGCAGUAUGUUAGUGUGAUUCUGACUACAAACACUUGUGUUAAUGAUUAAGUAUCGGAAUCCUUGCAGUUCAGAAUAAUGACAUUUAAAAAAUUAAUCUUUUUGCCAAACACAUCAUACGUGAUUUUUAAUUGUAAAUUGUGCAACAUUAACCUUUAUUUUCCUUUAGUGCACACACACACACACACACACACACACACACACACACACACACACACACACACACACACACACACACACACACACAUUUCCCAAGUAACACAAUUUUCAGCUCAAAUUAGAUGGAAGAAAAUGCAUGUAAUUUUGUGCAAUUAUUUUUUGCUGUCAAACCCUAAUAAAUGAGAGUAUAAAAAUCAUCAACAAUAAAAUAGCAAUAGCAGUUUCUUUCAAACAAGAUGUGAACAUCAGCUGGUUGCCAUUUGUACAUUAGCAAAUAUAUAUGAUUGUAAGUGAUAAUAUGCUCAUUUAAAUAUUAUAUAAUUUCUAUAAAAUUAGGCUGGUGGCAGAGAUGACUAACUGCCAUCACUUUGGAACUGCAAGUCCUAAUACUGUCUGAAGGCUUGACAUGACUCCAAGGCAGGAAGUUUAGUCAGAGUUACCAGACUGGAUCUCACAAUGCUCAAGAUAAAUGUAGCAAGGUGUCCAUUACAAACUUACAAACACUACUAAUUAACUUUGUGGCAUAUACAACAAGUAUGUGACAUACACAUAUAAAACUUUUGAGUUAAUGAUAAUCUAGUGUUGUGAGGACUGCAUUGAUUCACAACUCCUAAGCAAUGGUAUCUGCAGGAAUCUUUGCUUGAAGCGUUACAGAUCUCACAGGUCCUAAUUAUUUCCAAUGUAAAAAUACAAUUAAAAACAUAAAAAAAAACACAAAUAGGCCACACGAGUGGUGCUAUCUUCAGCCAUGCUCUCUCUCUCUCUCUCUCUCUCUCUCUCUCUCUCUCUCUCUCUCUCUCUCUCUCUCUCUCUCUCUCUCUCCAGCUAGUGUGUACAAGGCACAAAGACAAACCUUGCUAAUUUAUUAACAAAACACCAAAUUACUUACUACUGUAAUGUUUUUAGAUAAUAUCACCCACUAGCAAAGACAAAGACAACCUUUAUUACUUAGUAUAUUCCACACACACACAUACACACACACAGACACACACACACUUAAACUAUGUUGACAGAUAGGUUGCCCAAGAGCAAAGACACAACUUGCAGUUCCACACACACUUAAACUAUGUUGACAGAUAGGUUGCCCAAGUGCAAUGACACAACUUGCAGUUCCUAUCAUCAUAUCUCUAGUAGACAUGGAGACAGACAAUACAAGUACAGCUGAUUUCCUUCAUGCCACAACUAGGAAAACACUACCUAGGUAAAUACAUUGUGAGCUGCAUGAAAUGUACUAGAUCACCUUUACUUUUUUUAAGUUUCAAAAUUCUCAAAAUAGUUUUGAAAAAAAAUAAAAAAAUAAUAAAAAAAUAAAUAAAAACAGCAAAAAUACAAGAUCACUGCCCUAAUCACUUCUUCCUGCAGAAGCCAUGCUUAUUUUAGCAAAUUCACUUAAUUUGAAUGAGAAAAUAUAUAAUCUGAAUAAAUUUAUUAGUGGCUAAAGUUGCCUCCUAAAAAAUUUCCCAUGAUGACAGCUGACAAUAGUCCUUUCUCGGCAUAGUAACUCAGAUCCCACUAGCAGACCCAGUCUCUACAGUUUCAUGAUAUUUAUUGUCAUAGUUAAAUAUCAUUGUCAUAGUUAAAACUUCCAUCAACUGCAUGCAUAUCUAGAUGGUUUUGAGGAGUAUGUCCAUUCAACUGUUUUAGUAUUCAAACACUGAAAGCUUCCUGGAAGGUUUCACUGGUGGUGACAACAGAAUCAUCUGUGCUGGGAAGUAAUAAAAUGCUAUCACAUAAUUGAAUUUGCUGUAUAUCAUUAAUGUUGUACAGGUAAUACUGUCUACUGAAAUCACAUUGCUCUUAUUGAUUUUCCACUGCAUAACAGUUUUACUUUAGUGGACUUGUGUGAUGGCUGCUUCAAAGGCAAGAGCUAUGCCUAAUGCUGUGGCAGCAGUGAUUCCUUGACAUGGCUGACUGUACUGUACCUCAUUUUACUUAAGUUGGAACAACACCACUGCCACCUUUUUUUAUCAUGGUACAUUCAUUCAGCUUUGUGUUGUGAUGUCAAGUUUUAUUUUUCAGUUGCAUAUCAUUAUAACUGAGAGUACACAAAUAGAUACCAAGAGGCUAUUAAAUGCUCAUUUUUUUUUUUCAGGUAGUUUGAUGAAACAGGUUCAUAAGAAUCCACAGUCUGAUGAGUCUUUCAGAACCAUGUUUUAUAUGCAUUAUAGUCUACUUUAGUUACUUGCUUUUUUCCAUGUAAACUUCUGUGAGUGGUAUACUGGUACUCAUUCCUUUAUUAGGAUGUGAAGUACAAGAUAGUAUAAAUAUUCACCACCUUCAGAUCAGUAACUUCCUACUGGCCAAUGUUAUCUUGGUCUCUGAAAAAAAAAGUGGUGUCAGUGGCUACCACUAAGAGUGCUUUAAAUAGAUUUUAUAACUUAAUGAUCUCUAAAUACUUAGAGUUAGAUUUACCUAUGGAGAAACCAUAGCAUUUUAAUAUAUACAUAUUAUGUAUAUCAUAAAACACAGAUGGCUCUCUUUACUUCUGGUGCUACAGUUGCCAUAUAUGUAGUCCAAAACAAUGAGGGGCUUAAAACAAAUUCAGAACUCCAUGAGACCAACUUAAGUGAUUAUGACAAAACACUCCCACAGAAUGACCAUCAAUAUCAAAACAUGAAACAACAUGGCCUUUGAGUGCGCAUUUGUCUCUGACCAAAAUCUUGCAUGUGAUAGAAUUAGUGGAUGUAGAAUUGCUUGAUGUUUAAUUAACUUAUUUUUUAUAUAAAGAAAAAUUGCAGAGAGAAGAAGAGUCUUCAGGAAAGUCAGUAAUGUCUGGCCAAGAGGUGGAGCAAUCAGUAUAAUAGUACAUUUUACCAGAACCAGGAAUAUUAACUCAAGAACUAAGUUGUAUUUAAGUAACACUGAGAAAUCUUUGUUAUAUAAUUUUUUAGGUAGUGGAAGGUCUACCUCACCUGUCAGGAGUCCAAGGGAGGAGUGGUGGCAUCAUGUACAUUUCAGUGACUACCUGUCUUUCAUUUGUAUUAAACAUUUGUUUUACCAUGCAUCACAUGAUUGCCUAUGCAAUAGAAAAUAACACUUUUGGGCAUCUAACUAUACAAAUAUUGAACAAUUUUUAUACCAUUGCCAAGAAGCAAACCAAGGACCUCAUAUUACUGAGAAGUGUAUCUUGAUAUUUUAUUCCAUAGUACAAAGUAUUUUAUGAUAUCUUAGGUUUUACAAAACUUUUGCUAAUUGCCACAUAAGAUGUGUGUUUAGGAAUGUAAGGAUUCAAGAGUUUUAUUGAUGUAUAAUCCAAUUUUCUCUAUGUAUUGUAUGUGAUGUAAAUAUCUGCUUAUUGGUGUUGGCUCCUAUGCUGCUGUAUAUAAAUGUGAAUUGAUACCCUAUGGAUUGAUAUAUAUGACAGAUUAUAUAUAUUUAAUUUUUAUGUUAUCUCAGAAUAUAUUGAUUUGUUUCUGAUAGCUUUUAUAUGUUAAAGAGUGUUUCAUAGUAUCAAAAUAAUAUAUAAAAGUAAAUCCAUAGGGUUGGUGUCCUGUUUACUUAGUGUUACUGGGAGGGCACCACCUGUCACUCCACAGCAAUAUGAAUGGACAUGGCAUCCACUUCCUCAUUUGGUUUACAAAACUUUCAACAUAUGCAAAUUUUAAGUAAUAAAGUAUGCUUUUAGGAUUAUACUAAAAACUAUAUGUAACUGGAUACUGCUUAUGCAAGAUCCAUAUCCAAGAUAGUUAUCUAAGAAUGUCUAGGGUCACUUUAAAACUUUUGUAUAAACUUGACUGACUUUUUUUAACAACAGUCCAGUCCUUAUUUUCUUGAAAACUUCAAUGUAUUUGUCUGUAGCUUUAUAAUAAUAAAAUCCUGUGCAUGA